GUUUGAAUCAGGAAUGCAAGUCUAAGUAAUUAACUAUCAGUGUUCGUUCUUGGUUGUUUUUUCUUAGAUUCAAUUGGAAUGACUAAGAAAGCUGCUACUCCGAUGAGCAAUACAGGUAUAGAACCCGAAUGUGCGAUUCCUAAUUUUUCUUUGGGAAUUUCUCAACAUGAAACUGCCAUUGCAGGCUCUUAUGCUGAGAAUCGUUCAGAAAGAAUUAACGAUCCUAGGCGUUCUAAGGAAUAUGUUGAUUCGAAGAGUAAAUAACAAGAAAAAUUGAAAAAAGGUUUCUCAAAUGGAGAAACAAAAGAAGAGAAAGGCUGGUGACAAUGUUGUUAAUGUUAAGGGCAAAAAAGUUGUUAAAGCCAAACGUAAUGUGGAUGAGGAUGAUGAUGAAGAGGUAUAUUUAUGUUGUAUUUUCAGUAUAUUUAGUUCUUUUUUUUUUUUUUUAGUUCAGUUAUUAUAGAUCUGUGAAUUAACCAGAUCUAUAUUAUAUGUGCAUUUUAAGUAUAUUUUCUGUGUGUGUUUUUUUUUUUACACAUGUUUCUUCAGUUAUUUCGUGUUUACUGUUCUUCACCAUAACUGUGAUUUUUAAGAUUUUUAAGUACAUUCAGUUAUUUUGUGUAUAUUUUGUUGACAGUUUUUACAGUGAUUUUUAAGAUUUUUAAGUACAUUCAGUUAUUAUUUUGUUGACAGUUAUUUUGUGUAUAUUUUUAAGUACAUUCAGUCGAUAUAUGUCAUUAUAUUUUCAGUAUAUUCAUAUAUAUUUAUUGUUCACUUAGAUUAUAUUUUUCCAUUGUCAAUCACUGUUUUGUUUUAUAUUUGUAUAUAUUUUUGAUUGAUCUCUUUUUUAGCUGUUUGUGUUCACUGUUUUUUGUCAAUCAUACGUGUUUUUUGGCAUGUUGUUUUAGGUAUCUAAAUUUUUGGUUACCAAGCACCCUGCUGUGGCACCAUCUAUGUGUAGAUACACGAAUGUUAAUGUAAUGCAAGAUAUUAGAGGCAAACUAACAGAUCCAUAGAUGGAUAUGUUUAGGAAUUCUUGUUUUGGUAAAUAUCUUAGAAUGCAGCAAUUGGAUGUACAAGCACAGAUUUUUCGGUGCUUUAUGGUCAAAUAACUUAGGGGCAGUACAUAUAGGUGCUUUACAUUUGAAAUAAAUGGUAAAGUUCUGCGUUUUGGCCUUAGAGAAUUUGCACUGAUCACUGGGCUAGAUUGUGUAUCUGAUGAAAAUGAUUUUGUUUAUGAUAACUCAAAACCGAAUAGGCUUAUGGUUGAGUAUUUUGGUAGAAAUCAGGAGAACCAACUGCCAGUUAAAAGACACGAGCUUAUUGAGUGUUUCAACAAGACUGUCUGGGAUGAUAAAGGGGAUGACGCAGUCAAGAUGGCAAUAUUGUAUUUCAUAAAUACGUGGGUACAUUGUGGUGAGCCGAACUAAACAAACAUACCAAGGAUCCAUUUUGAUGUUGUAGAGGACGGGAGAUAUAAUGAGUAUCCUUGGGGUAAAGAUUCGUUUAGAGAGUUGGUUGUAAGCAUCGGGCAGAAAUAUGCUGGUUUUAAGAAAUAUUAUAGGAUUCAUGGUUUGCCGCUUGCUAUGCAAGUAUGGUUGUAUGAAUGUUGCUCAAAAGUCCCGUCCACCAUUGCAGUUAAGACGGGGAAUUUAAUUCCUAGAAUUUUGAACUGGCGGACUACGGAAGGAAAACCAGAAUUCAAGAGAUUGAUGGAUGGCAUGUUCAGAGACGACAAAAACCCGUCCUGUAGAUUUGAGGAAGUUGUGCCAACACCCCAUGAGUUGAAAACUCUUAAAUUGCCUCCUGUUGCACAUGACAUACGAGACGUCAAACAUGGAGUUGAUGGUAUACAUGGUACUGAUUUGGUAGACGAUGAUUACGAUGAUUUUAUUACCACACCACCGCAUUUGUCUAGUGGCAAACAGCAACAAAGGAGUGCCAAUUCUGAUUCCCCGCGAGGCAAGAAACGGACACAGUUUCCAGUUUCUGUUCCUCCUUCCAGGAAACAACCAUCACGGAAACCAGAUGCACCUACAGCACCCCGAACAGAUGAGUUUAAACUGAUAAGGGAAGAGAUUCGGAUUUUCAAGAAAGAAGUGUUUGACUGCAUGGAUAACAACUUCAAAAAGUUGUUAGAUGCAAUAAAGGGCAAUCAAACACCACAUAAGGUCGGAGACACAAUGUUUCAAGCUGACUUACAUAGUGAUGGUGGGAUUUCUCAAGGCAAUCAAAGUGGCGGUGCAGUAAAGCUUUCAACCAAAGAGAAUUAAGGUGGGGAUGCCACUUCCGCACAGAGGAGUCAUCCAGUGGUUGAGGGAGUUGGGUUGCCAAUUAAUGAUCCGGUUUCUGUUGUUGAUGUGGAUAAAGAAACCGGAGUUAAAAGUGAUGCACAAACAGAUGGAGUGCCCAUAACACCAAUCCAUUUAAAUUUUGAUGAAUCUCAGCAAAUCGGCGAUAUGGAGAAUGCUAAUGCUGAAUUUACCGCAUCAGAGGAAAUGGUAGCGGACUUGCUAGUCAACUGUCCUUUAGCAUGUGUUAUUCCUCUCGGUCCUCCUCCAGUACCACGCGAUGAUCAAACCGAUUUGUCAAGUUUAAGGACCCCUCAGAAUGUGGACGAUAACCCGGUAACCAUCUCUCAGUGGAUGAUUCCUGAUUCUCAGAUACCAAUCCAACUUGGAGUACAACCAACAACCGGACAAAGUUCAACUAAUGAAACUGAACAGCAAGUUGGAGUACAACCGAUCGUUGGCCACAGUUCAAGUGAUGAAACUGGAAAACAAGUUCCCGUACAACCAAAUGCGGGUCAAAGCUCAAGUGGUGAGACUGCACAGUUUUCAAACACUGAAAAACAGAUCAUUGUCCAUCCAGGUGCUGCCCGAGAAAGGAAACCAAGCAAAUACAACCUGUCCCCUUAUUGUCCCAAUUUCAGCUCAGCGGGUUCUUCUGCCAAAAAUAUCAGUCCUUGCAUUUAUUAGAAAAAACACCCAUUUGUUGACCACCCUAUAAAUGCCCCGUUAUAUACUUCGUUUCUUCAAGAAUAUCAAAAGUGGCUUGAGAAGGAUCUGUUGAAAUCACAUGACAAAAGGAAGCCAAAGGAAAAUCAUUACAGAAAGAACAAGGAAGGACUCGAUCCUGCGGAUGCCGAACUUCGGUUGCAUUUAGGCGUUACAGCCGUAUCCGACAAAAACUGGUUCUACUUGUUAUCUAUCGAUGGGCAACUUUGGACUAAUGAGGUUUGAUAUCUUUCUGCUUGUUAUCUAAGAUUUUUAUGUUUUAUAAUAGAAUUACAAUGUGAUGUAUCUAGAGUAUAUUUUUUACUAUAUUUGACAUAUAUAUAUAUAUAGUUCACAAUUUUGU